GUGUGUGUGUGUGUGUGUUCCUCUCCAGCAUCUGGCAACACUGCUUGCAUAUGAUCAGCAGAAAAAAUUGCUUUUCUCUGCAGUAGUCGGUAAGAUGACUUCACGCAGUAAGGAAGGGCUGCGGCAAGUGAGAGAGGACGAGUUAAACGCACUUGAAGACAGGCUGAUUCGCCACUUGCCCCAUUCCUUCAUUGUGUACAGCAGUGUGUGCCUGGCGGCGCGUUACGGCCUACAUUGCCUUCGCCCGGUCACCAUCCUGAUACCUGCCGACACACGCCGUUCUUGUUUCACUGUCAUUAGGACUUUAACUUCAAGCGGAUCGCACGACAUUAUGGUGUUCUGGAGCCUUGAGGAACACACUGCCGAGGACGUGGCCGAUUACCUCUCUCACACCAUUGAUCUCAAUUUAGGUCAACAUGAAUUUUCAAUAAGCCUCCCUGACAUUCUGCUGCCCUCACUACAGUCACUGAAAAACAUCGGGAGCCGGCCAGUACGGAUUCAGCACAAGUUACAUGGGCAUCUUUACACAUUCCAAGAACCGUCGAUACUGAACACCAGACAAUUAAAGCUGCUUCCAGAGUACCAAGUAAGCAACCUAAAGGAGGAGGACGUGUCGGUGAUAUGGAAAAACUGGCAGUUCAGCUCUUUGAGCUCAGAGAACAGUUUGAGGGAUGACAUCAUCAACUUCCCGUCAGUUGGAAUCCGUAAGCGUAACCUUAUAGAUAGUAGUACUGAGGAGCUACAAGAGGAGACUCAGGAAACAUUAGUGUCGUGGAUUCGAACGAGUAAAUAUGGUUUUAUGGGCAGUACCUUCACGCUGCCACAAUAUCGUCGCAGAGGCUUGGCUGGCACGGCUACUCUGAUCUUGACUCGCCAGCUGAUGCAGGAGGGUCUCUUGCCUGCCGUCAUGAUAGAAAAAAACAACACUGCUUCCAUAAGUUUCCAUGGUGAUCUGGGGUUUGUGCGGCAGUGUGCCUUAUCCAUGGUCGCGCUGCUCCCAGUCUAGUAGGUUACAGAGAUAAGACACUCAUAGUCACAGUGUCACUGCAAGGCUUGACGUAUAUAUAGUCAAGGUAGGACCGUAGGAGAUAGACAAACACUAUAUUGUUCUUAUUUCGGUGUACAUCGAUAUUGAUUAUUUUUUUUUUUUUUCUAUUGAAAGAUUAUUGCAAUGGAUUUUUCUCUAAGUUCACUGGUAAUUCAAAAUUUUUGGAGAAGAAUAUUCAUAUAGAAAUUACAUAUGUACCGACCCAUCAAUUGAAAAGUAUUUUUUUUUAUCUUAACUUUAUUUUAAAGAUAAAAACUUUAAUUAUCUAUGCUGUAUUCCAAGAAAUUCGAAAGCACUUUAUGACUGUUUAUAAGGAUUCUAGUGGAAAAUAUUCUAGGUAAUAAUUAGAGAAAUACUUGUAAUUAAUUUUCUUUUUUACUUUUACGAAAACUUCACUUCUAUGAUUAAAGAUUU